CGUGUUAUCUAAUCCACACUUGGACUUUGCAUUGCAUGAGAUUUGGCUUCGUCAUUGCCCGAGGGUGACGCACUUUUGUUUCGACUUUAAAAUGCAAGGUCGAAAGGAUUUUGCAAAUUUUCAUGUGCAUUAUGUACGAAUUUGCAGAGAAUCGACGAAUAUUAUACCGUUAGAUAGACGAAGCUUGACAUUAAAACCAACAGAAAUUUUGAUUUAAACAAAUAAUUCUAUUGAUGAUAUAGGAAAUUUGCAUCGACAACCUCCGUAUCCGAGACUUCGUAAAUUUCUGCAAGCAAAAUGUUACCCGUCGGAGCCCGCAAGUUCUUGCUAGGUCUGCCGGACCUGCUCUUCAUCGUGACAGGCGUGGUGGUGAUCAUCCUAAGUCACCUGGGACUCCUUCCUAAAGGCCACACAUCCAUCCUGUGUGAUGACCCAGACAUCCGACGCAUACUUACUACAGAGACCGUCUCUGUGGCGGCUCUGCUGCUCAUGGCCACAGCUGGACCUUUUGUUAACAUAUUUUUUCUGGAAUGGGCGCUGCCUGGCAAGUCUGGACGCAGUGCGAGGCACGCGAGCAGUUUGUCGUGGCGUCUGUUGAAGGAUUGUUUCAGUGGUCAGUUGUUGGCUCUGCUCAUCGUCGAGUUCUUCAAGAUGACCGUCAGUGAAGCGAGACCUCACUUCAUGCAGACGUGUCGGCCUGACCUGUCCGACCAACUCUGUAGUAUGGGGUACGUGGAGGUGACCUGGCGCAACUGUACCAACCCGCUGGGUCUGGACAAGCCUCAUCUGCUGGACUCGAUGAAGUCCUUCCCCUCGGGACACGCCGCGCUGGGCGCCUUCAUCGCCACCUACAUGACCUGGUACCUGAUGACGCGGCUACGGGUGCAGUGGUCCCAGCUGCUGGGGGUGGUGUUAGCACUGCUGUGGGGGGCGUGGGGGGCGCUGUGUGGGGUGUCCCGCAUCUGGGACAACAAACACCACUGGUGGGACGUGGCUAUCGGGGCCGCCCUCGGGACCUGCAUCGCUGCGCUCACUAUCAAAUGGCUGAGCUCGAAGCAUUUGGCCGAGAGUCGCAGGCAGUCUACGCACCCAACGACCUCCUCCUCUCUCCCGCCGGCCUGACAUUCCUGCUCUACGUUCAAUAGUCUAUAAUGAAAAAUCUUGUACAGUUUUUAGCACAUUUUUCCAUUUAUGGGAAAAAUGCACUAUUGUGCUC